UCGUUUCCGGUUCCUUCGGGCGAGAGGCAGCCGGGUCAGGGGUCACGAGCUGGAGGGCUUCUCUGGCCCGGGCCGGCGCGGGAGGGCUGUGUGAUGGCCUCGGAGCGCCCGGAGCCGGAGGUGGAAGAAGCUGGGCAUGUGUUCCUGCUGAUGAAAAAGGAUUACCGAAUCUCCCGAAAUGUUCGCCUGGCUUGGUUCCUCAAUCACCUGCAUCAGACUGUGCAGGCCACCCCCCAGGAGAUGCUGCUUCAGUCUGAGCAGGAGCUGGAAGUCCUCAGUGUCCUGCCUCCUGGGUGGCAGCCAGAUGAACCAGUGGUCCCCAGGCCAUUCCUCCUCGUACCCUCCACCCGGGUCACCUUCCUGGCUUGGCAGUAUCGAUUUGUCAUUGAGCUGGACCUCAGCCCAUCCACUGGCAUUGUGGACGAUUCCACAGGGGAGAUCCUGUUUGAUGAGGUUUUCCAUGCCCUGUCCCGCUGCCUUGGCGGGCUGCUCCGGCCCUUCCGAGUGCCUGGAUCUUGCAUCGACUUCCAGCCUGAGAUCUACGUCACCGUCCAGGCCUACUCCUCGAUCAUUGGCCUGCAGUCCCACCAGGUGCUGGUCCAGGGCUGCCUUUUGGACCCUUCCCAGAGGGAGGUGUUCCUGCAGCAGGUGUAUGAGCAGCUCUGUCUCUUCGAGGACAAGGUGGCCACAAUGCUGCAGCAGCAGUAUGACCCCCCGAGCCAGGCAGAGGACCAGUCCCCAGACUCAGGGGAGCCCCCUGGCCGGAAAGUGGGAGUCUCCAUGGUGACGGCUGAUCUUGGGCUGGUCAGUAUGAUUCGUCAGGGCAUCUUGGCGCUGCAGUUGCUGCCCUCCAACUCUAGUGCAGGCAUCAUUGUGAUCACAGAUGGGGUGACCAGUGUCCCUGAUGUUGCUGUCUGUGAGACACUGCUGAACCAGCUUCGCAGUGGCACUGUGGCGUGUUCCUUUGUGCAGGUGGGAGGAGUUUACUCUUAUGACUGCAGUUUUGGCCACGUGCCCAAUGUGGAACUGAUGAAAUUCAUCGCAAUGGCAACCUUUGGCUCCUACCUGUCCACUUGUCCUGAGCCCGAGCCCGGCAACCUGGGUCUGACUGUUUACCACCGGGCCUUUCUCCUCUACUCCUUCCUGCGCAGUGGGGAAGCCCUGAACCCUGAAUAUUACUGCGGCUCUCAGCACCGCCUGUUUAACGAGCACCUGGUCUCCGCGAGCAGCAACCCCGCCCUGGCCCUGCGCCGCAAGAAGCACACCGAGAAGGAGGUGCUGGCUGACUUGGUCAGCACCGUGUCGGUGCGGCUUCGAGAGGGCUACAGCGUCCGAGAGGUCGCGCUGACCAAAGGAGGGUCCCAGCUGGAGGUGAAGCUGGUGCUGCUGUGGAAACACAACAUGCGCAUCGAGUACGUGGCUGUGGCGCCCUGGCCCCUGGAACCCGAGGGCCCUCGCGUCACCCGCGUGGAAGUGACCAUGGAAGGCGGCUAUGACAUCCUGCAUGACGUGUCCUGUGCCCUGAGGCAACCCAUCCGCUCGCUGUAUCGGACCCACGUGAUCCGGCGGUUCUGGAACACACUGCAGAGCAUUAACCAGACGGACCAGAUGCUCGCCCACCUGCAGUCCUUCUCCUCGGUCCCGGAACACUUCACGCUCCCCGACAGCACCAAGAGCGGCGUGCCUCUCUUCUACAUCCCGCCCGGCUCUACCACCCCGGUGCUGAGCCUUCAGCACAGUGGUUCCGACUCCUCCCACGCCCAGUUUGCGGCCUACUGGAAGCCAGUGCUCUCCAUGGAUGCCAACUCGUGGCAGCGCUGGCUGCACAUGCAUCGCCUGGUGCUAAUCCUGGAGCACGACACGCCGACCCCUAAGCACCUGCACACCCCGGGCAGCAACGGCCGCUACAGCACGGUCCAGUGCCGGAUCUCGCACUCCUCGCUGACCUCCCUGCUCCGCGACUGGAGCAGCUUCGUGCUCGUCGAGGGCUACUCCUACGUGAAGCUGCUGUCCAGGGGCCCGGAGCAGCCCCCCUCCUCCUUCUACAUGAUCCGCAUCAUUUCCAAGGCCCCCUGCAUGGUGCUCCGCCUGGGCUUUCCCAUCGGCACGCCCGCACAGGCUCGGCACAAGAUCGUCUCAGACUUGCGGGAGGAAAUCCUGCGCCUGCGUUUCCCCCACCGGGUACAAAGCAAGGAGCCGACGCCCAAGGUGAAACGGAAAGGGCUGGGGGGCGCCGCCGGGGGCAGCUCUCCCUCCAAGUCCCCCCCCAUGCUGGGGCCACAGCAGGCCCUGUCUGACCGGCCCUGCCUUGUGGUCGUGCAUAAGCCCCUGGACAAGCUGCUCAUCAGGUAUGAGAAGCUGCCCCUGGACUACCGGGCGCCCUUCUUGCUGACCUUGGAGCCACCAGGGCCGCUGCCCUUGGUGUCGGGCCGCUCAGCCUCUUCUAGCCUAGCGUCGCUGUCCCGCUACCUCUACCAUCAGCGCUGGCUCUGGAGCGUCCCCCCGGGCCUGGCCCCCGCCCUGCCGCUCAGCGCCAUCGCCCAGCUCCUCUCCAUCCUCACCGAAGUCCGACUCUCGGAAGGGUUCCAUUUCGCCUGCAGCGGGGAAGGAAUCGUCAGCAUGGUCCUGGAGCUGCCAAUCCAGAACGAGCCCCCGGGGCAGGCCGCGGCGGAAGAGAGGCACACGUGCGUGGUCCAGUACAUCCUCUUCCCCCCCCACGCGACCUCCACCAAGGACAGCUUCUCAACAGACGAUGACAACGACGUGGAGGUGGAGGCCCUGGAGGGAGACUCAGAGCUCAACCUGGUCACCGAGGUGUGGGUGGAGCCCCAGUGCGGACGGGUGGGACCCGGCCCGGAGAGCUGGAGGCACCUCCGGGACUUGACCUACUCCGAGAUCCCUCGCGCCCUCCACCCUCGGGACGUUGCCUGCAUAGGCUCCAUGCUGAGCUUUGAGUACCUGAUACAGCUGUGCCAGAGCAAGGAGUGGAGUCCCCUGCCCCCGGAGCCCAGGGUCUCUGAUGGGCUGGACCCGGGUGGAGACAGCUGUGUCCACGAGACCCCCUUCCGCUUUGACCUCAUGGGACUGCUGCCUCAGUGCCAGCAGCUGCAGAUGUUCUUCCUCCUGCUCGCCAGAGAGCCGGAGGGCGUCCCUGUCGCCGAGGGGCCCUGUCCCGCCAACGACCUGGUGCUGUGCCUGCUGCACAGCUGCCUGGGGCAGGAGCUGAGUGACCGAGAGAUCCCGCUGUCCGCCGCCGACCAGGCUGCCUUCCUGCGCGAGGUGCUGCGGCGGACGUGUCACAGUCCAGGUGCAGAGGGGCUACCAGUGGAGGACGGCGGGACCCUGAAGGGUCAGAGGCCAGGCCCUCUCGAAAGUCUGAGGCCGGCCAGCUCUGCCCAGCCCCCUCAGUGGCGCUGCUACGCAAGGCUCGUGAACCCCCAGCACGUGUUUCUGACGUUUCUCCCCGCCACCUUCCCAGAUGUCCAGCAUCUGGCUGCCUAUGGCCUGGAGGGGCCGUCUCAAGAGGAGACAAGGCCCAAGUUCGGGGACGGGCACGGGGCCUCCGCCCUGAGAGGUCUGGGAGGAGCUGGGGCCGAGGCUGCAGAGCCCCAGGUCCCCAUCCUCAGUGUCACCCCGGCUGGCGACAGUGCCCAGCAUCCAGGAGAGCCGAGCCCGCCCUUCCGUCGCGAUGUCCAGGCUUGCACUGGGCGUCAGGCUUCACAGACAGAGGCCGCCGAUGGGCCCCGGCCCCGGUGUCCUGUCUACAUCUACAGCUGUGCUCUGGAAGCGCUGAGGGAGCAGCUGGUUGGCGUGCAGCCCCCUCAGGCGCCCCGAGACCUCGUCUUCCGGACGCAGUUCCUCGACCAGCCCUCCCCCUCCUCAGCCUGGAUGGAGCCCAGGCACAAGGAGGCGGCCAACCAUUGUGCCUUGCUGCAGGAGCACGCGCAGCGAUGCUACGUCCGCGGGCUGUUCCGGAGCCUGCAGCAGGCCCAGAGCGUGACCUCCCAGGACCUGCUAAUAGCCGUGGAUGCCUGUGAGGAGCUGCUGCAGGAAAUAGACAUCACCCCCUUCCUGCUCGCGCUGUGCGGCCACACUCGGGGUUUGCCUCACGCACCCCCAAGCCCUGGUCCUCUCAGCCCCGGGCUCUUCAGCAGCAGCGUCGAGGAGGGCCCCGAGCCUCGGGAGCGAGCCGUCCUGGCUUCCGAGUCCAGCAUAGAGACCGAGGACCUGAGCGAGCCUGAGUUUCAGAGCACCCGAGUCCCCGGCCAUCCAGACCCCGGCCUGGAGAUCUCUCUGACAGACGUCUGUCAGCUCAGGGGGGAGGCACACGAUGCCCUGCACAGCCUCAUCCAGGAGAAGUUCCUGGAGAUCAGUGGUCUCCACUUCCGCACAGUGCCCUCCAACCCCCACUACUUCUUCUAUUGCCCCCCGUCCAGCAGGCGCGAGGAUGAGGGCCCCCGGGACACAGUAGACAGAAAAGUCAGCGAUCUGGAGUUUUCAGAGGCUGAGCUCAUGGGAGAAGAAGGAGACACAUCCGCCUGCUGUGUGGUCACUGAGAGUGACCCAGAGCUGGAGGUGGAAUACCGCGAGAGCCGUGAACCAGACCUGGGGCCUGCUGGGCUGGACUCCGCCUCUCUGUCGGACGCAGACACCGUGAACCCCGACGAGGACUCCUUCAGUAUCCUGGGGGGCGACUCACCCACCGGGCCCGAGAGCCUCGCUCAUGACCUGCCGCCCCUCUUCCUGCACCUCACGUGCUCCGUGCGGCUGCGCGGGCAGCACAGCUCAGUCCCCGUGAGCAGCCUGCCCACCUGCCUGGGCCAGGUGCUUUCUAGUCUGGAGGGUCCCCUCGUCGGAGGCCGAGUUCCCCUGAGGGACCUCAGUGUCACUCUGGAUGUCUUCGUGCUGACCUUGCCCCUGGAAGUGGAGCUCCCGCCAACCUCAGACCCUCAGCACCACCGGUCGACGUCUGAGAGCAGUGCUUCCUUCCCACGAUCUCCGGGGCAGCCGUCGGAUGAUGGCCUGGGGCCUCCACUGCCACCUCCAGGAGAAGACAGGCACCCAGGACUGUCUAAUUUGGCCGGGCCGCACAGGUUGGCUAUUGAGACCACCGUGAGUGAGAUCCGCUGGCUGCUGGAAGACGAGAUGGUGGGGGCGCUGCGGAGAGGGGGCAUCCCCCAGAGCCCUGCCCUGCACCGCGCAGCCGCCCACAUCCACGGCUCCCCCGGACGCCCCACCUGCCUACGCCAGACGCUGCCGCUGAGUUUUGUGUUUGGGCCCGAGCGUUCGCUGACACAGUUCAAGGAGGAGUUCCGCCGCCUCCACCUCCCUGGUCACGCUCUUCUCGAGGACCCUGACAGCGGCUUCUUCUUCGUGGCAGCUGGCCAGCAGCCAGGCGGGUCCCACGGGGGGCCCCCUUCGGCAGCCUGGGCUUGGCACAGCCCUGAGGACAGGGCGGAAGGCGUCGAAGCGGGGGCCCUGACAGCCAGCCCCCAAGUCCCUGGCUCCCCAGAGGAUUCCGAGGGCCCCCUGCUCAUCAGUCUGCCCAGCCCGUCUCAGGGAGGGAGCCAGCCUGGGCCCAGCCAGGGACUCAGCCUCAUGUCCAGUCAGGGCAGUGUGGAUUCGGACCACCUAGGUUAUGAUGGUGGCAGCAGUGGCUCAGACAGUGAGGGUCCCAGUGAGACCCUGGGGGAGAAGGCCCCCUUCGCGCUGAGGACCCCCCCUGGGCUGGCGCCUCCACAGCCUUCGCUCACGGGCCUCCCUGGGCCCUGCCUGCCUGACUUCUGGCUCAUCGUCCGGGUGCUGCAGGACCGCGUGGAAGUGUAUGCGCACGCGCGGAGCCUGGUUCGGGAGGAUGGGGGGCCAGGCACCGAGUGUCGCCACCUGCAGCAGCUCCUGGUGCGGCGAGUCGGGGAGAUCUGCCGGGAGGUCAACCAGCGGCUGCUGCUCCAGGAUCUUCACGACAGUCACGUGUGUAACUCUCUGCUGGUGGCCGAGAGCGAGGAAGAUCUGUGGCGCAGCGAGACCCCCUACCACUCCCGCCAGCGGGCGCCCCCGCCCAGCGACGACUAUGCUGCGGAUGACAGCUGUGGACCGCGAGGCUAUCUAGCAGCCACAAUGCAGUUUGUCCCUGGCCAUUUCUCCUGUGACGUGGUGUGGGGAACCGUGAUCCGGGUCCAUUCCCGCCUCAAAAUGGGGCCCAGCAUGGGGGUCUCUCGGGCCAUCCAAGCCCUGCGCUCCGUGCUCAACGCCUUCUCUGUGGUGAACCGGAAGAACAUGUUUGUGUAUCAGGAGCGAGCAACAAAGGCUGUGUACUACCUGCGGCUCCUGGAGACGUCCUGCACUGAACGCUCGUGGGACAGUGACACCCUGCCCCCAUCUCUAGCUCUGUCCCGAAGCCAGGAGCCCAUCUACUCGGAGGACACCUCGGGUCCCCGUUCUCCCCUGGACGUGGCUUCCAGCCGCGGUUCAGACGCUGCUCGUCCUGUGGGCCAAGUGGACAGACACAUCCAGCUGCUGGUGCAUGGCGUAGGGCAGGCAGGUCCCGAGAUCACAGACGAGCUGGUGCGGGUUCUGCGUCGGCGCCUGGACGAGGCCACGCUGGACGUCAUCACAGUCAUGCUUGUCCGGAACUGCAAGCUGACCCCAGCCGAUGUGGAGUUCAUCCAGCCCCCCGGAAGUCUCCCCUCGGAGGUGCUGCAUCUGGCGCUGCCCCCCUCCUGCAGGCCCUGGCUCCCUGCGCUGGCCUGGUACCUGCGGCAGAACCUGCUCGUCUUCCUGCACUCCCCCAAGUACACGGACAGCAACAGCCGCAACCACUUCCAGCACCCACUCCCACCCCAGGGCGGCCUUCCUGACUGGGACAUCUACCUGUACAACAAGCCUGGAGGACAGGGCACUGGGGGCAAAGGGGUCGCCUGCAUCACUGUAGCUUUGGUGGAUGAGGGAGGAGCCCCCAUCUCGCUGGCAUCGUGGCCCCCCUCUUCUCCGGGGCCCCCAGACUCACUGCAGGAGGAGGAAUUUGAGCAGCUGACUCAAGUCACGCGCUGCUCGGUUGUGCCAGACAAUUCUUCAGCUCCGGAUGGGGCCCCGCGGCUGCGACUGGAUGUGUGGGGAAAGGGGAACAUCAGCAUCGUGCAGCUGGAGGAGAAGCUCCGCGCAGCCGCCCGCCAGGCCCUGGCCGACGCCGUCAUGGAGUUCCGGCUGCUGCCAGCCUCGCUCUGUACCGAGGACACAGCCUCAGGAGGUCUCAAGAGCGGGCCGUUGGAAACCAAGAGCCCUGCAGGCCGCGCUGGCACCUUUCCCCCUGGCCCUGGCCCUGGCGAGCCCGCGACUCCCCCCAGCAAAGCCGGCCGCCGUAGCUUCUGGGACAUGCUGAGUAAAACAGAAUGUGGGGACUUGGGUUCCCCCAAAACUACGGAUGACAUCGUCCUGGAUCGGCCAGAAGACACUCGGGGCCGGAGGCGUCAUAAAACAGAAAGUGUCCGGACUCCCGGUGGGACUGAGCGGACAGUGGGCCCGGAGUCCGGAGCCCAGAGACAAAGGCGCAGGACCACACAGCUGGAGGAGGGCGAAGUGGGGGCCCUGCAGCCUGUGUUUGCUUGGGUCGCUCAGCGCUGGAUGGAGUUCAUGGUUCAGAUUGGAUGCGCCUCGGUGUCCAGGAGCUCCACCCACAUGGUGUCGCGGUUCCUGCUGCCGUCGGUCCUGUCGGAGUUCGCCGCCCUGGUCUCCUCGAUGGCCGGAGACACCAGGGUCCGCAUCUUUGAGCAGCAGUUGGCUUCUGAGCCAGAGACCUUCACUCCUUGUUCCCUUGGGCAGCUGGGCCCAACGCCCCGCCCAGCAGCCAAGCGGCAUCUGCUCCUUCUGGGAAGGAACUUCUUGCAGUGGAGGAGACCCACCCAGCAGGCUGCCAAAGCCGUGCAGCGCUUCGAGCCGGGAGGCGAUGGGAACUCGGGGCGGAGUGCUCCCCGGCAGAGGUUCUUGCUGCUGGAGGUCACGGACAAGAAGCUCCAGCUGCUGACCUACAACUGGGCUCCAGACCUGGGGGCGGCACUGGGCCGAGCACUGGUCCGCCUGGUGCAGUGGCAGAACGCCCGGGCCCACCUCAUCUUCUGCCUCCUCAGCCAGAAGCUUGGGCUCUUCCACCAUUACGGCCAGCUGGACUUCCCGGUGCGGGACGAAAAGGAGCCCAACCCAUUCCUGCUGCCGACCGUGGAAGCAGAGACCCUCAUCCGGUGCGCGAGCCCCCCGCUGAGCCGCGAGCAGGGCCGGCUGAGCGGGUCCUCUCGGGGCGGGGGCCCCCUUCCGCUGGACACAUUCCCCUUCGACGAGGCCCUGAGGGACAUCGCGGCCGCCCGCCCCAGCUCCUCCCUGGGCCCUGCGCCCAGACCGCCCGACCCCGUCGCCUUCCACGGACAGCAGUUCCUGGAGAUCAAGAUGGCAGAGCGCAGAGAGCUGGAGCGCCAGAUGAAGAUGGAGAACCUGUUUGUAACGUGGCAGCAGCGCUCCGCCCCAGCCAGCAUGCCCAUCAGUGCCGGGGAGCUGGAGACCCUGAAGCAGUCGUCCCGCCUGGUGCAUUACUGUGCGACGGCCCUGCUCUUCGACCCAGCAGCCUGGCUGCACGGGCCCCCGGAGACCUCUGGGCCCCCCGAGGGGCAGCGGCGCCAUCGCCCUGAGUCAGGGUCUGGGAGCCGAGAGGGCCCCGCAAGCUGCGACUCCUCGGACGGGCCUCCGCCAGGCGCCCGGGAGGAGCCUUGGCUGAAGGAGCUGAGCUUGGCUUUCCUGCAGCAGUACGUGCAGUACCUGCAGAGCAUGGGCUUUGUGCUGGUGCCGCUGCGGCCCCCCUCACCCGCCCGCAGCACCAGCCGGCUGCGGGCCAUGGCCAUCCUUGGAACAGAGGGUCGGGGCUCCUUCUCCUGCCCGAAAGCCAAGACCGACGGGAGCCCCAAGAGCUCUGGCUCUCCAGUCACCACAUACCACCUGCAGCGGGCACUGCCCGGGGGCAUCAUCCUCAUGGAGCUGGCUUUCCAGGGCUGUUACUUCUGUGUCAAACAGUUUGCUCUGGAAUGUUCCCGAAUCCCCAUGGGGCAAGCUGUCAACUCGCAGCUGUCCAUGCUGUUCACAGAGGAGUGCGACAAGGUGCGGGACCUGAUGCACGUGCACUCGUUCAGCUACGACUUCCACCUGCGCCUCGUGCACCAGCACGUGCUGGGCGCCCACCUGGUGCUGCGUCACGGCUACCACCUCACCACCUUCCUGCGGCACUUCCUGGCCCACCACCCUGACGGGCCCCACUUUGGCCGCAAUCACAUUUACCAAGGGACCCUGGAGCUCCCCACUCCACUCAUUGCCGCCCACCAGCUGUACAACUACGUGGCCGACCACGCCAGCUCCUACCACAUGAAGCCGCUGCGGAUGGCCCGGCCUGGGGGGCCCGAGCAUAACGAGUACGCUCUGGUGUCAGCCUGGCACAGCUCCGGCUCCUACCUGGACUCGGAGGGACGUCGCCACCAGGACGACUUCGACGUGUCUCUGCUUGUCUGUCACUGGGCUGCACCCUUUGAGGAACAAGGGGAAGCCGAGAGGCACGUUCUGCGGCUGCAGUUCUUCGUGGUGCUCACCAGCCAGCGAGAGCUCUUCCCCAGGCUCACUGCUGACCUGCGCCGGUUCCGGAAGCCGCCCAGACUGCCCCCGGAGCCAGAGGCCCCCGGGAGCUCAGCUGGUAGCCCAGGGGAGGCCUCCGGGGUCGGUCUGGCCGCUGGACCAGCCCCCCUCUUCCCUCCACUGGCUGCAGAGGUGGGCGUGGCACGGGCACGGCUGGCUCAGCUGGUACGGCUGGCUGGAGGGCACUGUCGCCGGGACACCCUUUGGAAGCGCCUCUUCUUGCUGGAACCAGCAGGACCUGAUCGGCUGCGGCUAGGGGGGCGCCUGGCCCUGGCCGAGCUGGAGGAGCUCCUAGAAGCAGUCCAUGCCAAAUCCAUUGGGGACAUCGACCCCCAGCUGGACUGCUUCCUGUCUAUGACGGUCUCCUGGUACCAGAGCCUGAUCAAGGUUCUCCUAAGCCGCUUUCCUCAGAGCUGUCGCCACUUCCAGAGCCCAGACUUGGGAACCCAGUACCUGGUUGUGCUCAAUCAGAAGUUCACAGACUGUUUCGUGCUAGUGUUUCUGGAUUCCCACUUGGGAAAGACGUCUCUGACGGUAGUUUUCCGAGAGCCCUUCCCAGUACAGCCGCAGGACAGCGAGAGCCCCCCCGCCCAGCUGGUCUCCACCUACCACCACCUGGAGUCGGUCAUCAACACAGCCUGCUUCACCCUCUGGACCCGCCUCCUCUGAGGGCUGGACCACCGAGCGUCCUCUGUAAUUGCCCACCUGAAGCAGGACUGGCCCGCCCUUCUGGGCACCAGGGCAAGACCAGACCCUGAGGGACGCCCAAGGUUUUAUGACUCUGACUUGGGAGGCUGGUAGCAAGAGCCACCCUCCCUAAACACGUGCAGCCACUGACCAGCCAGGGCGCCAAAGGGUCCAGUGCUCUGCCUGAGGUGCCCAUGUCUCUUCAGGCCCUGGGCCCUUCCAGGAGCCGCCUCCUUCCUGCUCUCCUGGGGGAGUCUGGGAAUUCUUGGCAUCAGGUGGCACGUAGGCCCUUUAGAGCUCCUCUUCCAUGGAUCCUGCCUCCAAGUCUUGGAUGGCUGUCAGCCACCCCCAUAGUGCGUCCGCUGGUCUUCACUUCCCACUGGGACUUCACUGCCGGACGUGGCCAUUGAGCUGAGACACCCUGGUUCCAAUCCCAGCUCUGCCAUCGAAGCACCUGUGGCCACAGGCAAGUCCCUUUGCUCUCGACCCUUGGUUUGUCAUCCACACAUGAGGAGGCGGGCUCAGAAGCUCGCCCAUCUCCAGAGCAACCCUGGCGCAGAUGGGAGGACUUGAACCUGAGCUGCACGUCCCUUCUUUGCAGGAGGGAAGCGACCCCAAGAACCUGCAAAGUGAGACACUGUGUGUCCCUGUCCCCCCUCCAGUAACACACACAUGGAAACGCUC